AUGGCUGGAAAACGUAAUCGCUGGACACGAAAUGAAGAUGAAAUUCUUAAGAAGGCGGUUCUUUCCAGCGCUAAGCCAAGACCAAGCUGGGCCAUGAUCGCCAAGCAUAUACCCGGUAGAUCCAGCAAAGACUGUCGCAAGCGUUGGGAGCACGGCCUCAAUCAAAAUCUAUCGCGAGGCCCCUGGUCAGGAUCCGAGGAUGCACGCCUCAAAGCAGCCGUCGCAGAACAUGGACUACACUGGGCACUUGUCGCUACAAAGGUAGGCAAACGUACUAGCGAUCAAUGCGCCAAGAGAUGGUGUGACGUUCUCGAUCCCUCGCUCAAAAAAUCUGAAUGGACCGCUGACGAGGAUUCAGCGCUGCUUGGCCUCUACCAGCAGCUCGGAACGGCUUGGGCCAAACUCGCUACGCAUAUCCCAGGCCGAAGCGCCCUUAGCUGCCGCAAUAGGGCUUGCAAGAUCCUGGUCCAACGCGGCGAGCCAAGACCAGGUUCGGUCGAGGCAGAAGAGCUUCGUCUCACAAUGCUGGCGCAACAGCAGCCCAAUAGCAACCCAUCGAGUCCUUUAUUGUCUUGUUCGUCACCUAUGUCCGCGUCGGGUCUAUCGGCAGCCGCAAUAACAAGCCCUCCCCAGCUGAAUUCUCAACCACAAUUCAUUCAGAUGAGCGACAAGGAUCUGAAUUCCGUCUUGCCUUGGCAUCGAUCGCCUAGCGAAAGUGUCGGCCACAUUUAUAGCGAGCCCGGCGGCUGGCUACCAGGCUCGCCAGGCGAUGCAGUCCUCGACAGUCUUCUCGUUUCUACUCCUGGCGCCUGCGAUGACUUCUCCCUGGGCAUCGGCAUGGCUCAAGGCGGCAGUCUUCUCCAGACCUUGUUCGAACCAGCAGCAACGACAAGUGCAUCAGAGCUGCAGUUCGAUCUUGCUCCGCUAUUCGAAUCUGCAUCUGUCAGCAGAGACCAAGCCACACCUGUCCCCGGAUACAUAGAGCCAGUCGACGGACGAUCGGAUCUAGACAUGAUCGAUCUGACAAGCUAUGCAGCGCCUUCAAUGUCGAGCUGGACAGCCAACGAGAGUUUGACUAGCUCUUCUAGCUCCACAAGUCCUUGCACGCGUUGGUCAACCCCAGCCGAAGACUCUGGUCGCCUCACCUCAGCAAAGGAAUGGCUGUCCUCUGGUGAGGCUAAGCCGAGUCCUGACAACGAGACCAGCUACACAAGUAGGCUCAACCACAUGCAUCCUCCCUUGCAAGCGUCGAGAGCUACGCAAGUAUCAGCUAGGCGCAUGUCGUUGCCGGCGCUCGGACAGAUCAUGACCAUGGCUGGCGACCCGGCACGCGUGCUACAAAUGCUGGCUACCGAAUUCGAUGCUGACCGCGUCUGCUGUAGAACAAGAUCAACGAGCACCAAUGCCGACGUGUCGAGCAAGACGUGCUCUGGCAGCGACGACGCGUGUCUCACGUCUCGGAACGUGGACUCGAGCUCAAGCUCGAGCGCCACCACUUGGCAGCGCUCCUACACAGCUUCGGAGGCGUCGACACUACCAGUGUGGAUGCACACACUGCUAGAUACCGCCUCGCACUCGACAAACACUCUAGAGACCGACCAAGUCAUCAGCGCCCACGCGUGCCAGACGAUGCAACAUCCGUUGCAGCUGUCGUCUAAGCCAGAUAUAGCCAUGUUGCGCUUGCCCAAUUUUUCUGGUGACCAAGUAUGGCUCGACAACAGCCACAACCAGCACGGCAGCUCGAGACACGUUGUUGAGCUGUCCGGCUUGGUACGAAACAUGGCAGAUCUCAUGGCAAACAUGGCCACCUUAGCGCGUGCUAUUUCGAGCGGGGGCACAGCCAGCGCCACUAACACCGUGGUCUGA